CCACGCCUCCCGUCUCCUGCCUCCGCUAAUUGGCCUCUUCCAUCCCGGCUCUAGCUGCGGGGCAGCUGUGAGCAUGGCCUCUCCUCCAGCCCCCGCGUCCGCUCCGUGCUUACCCGAGCAGAACUUGGACUACUGCAAGGUUCAGUACUGGGACCAGCGCUACAAGGACGCGGCCGUUUCGGGACCCUACGAGUGGUUUGGGGACUUCGCCUCCUUCCGUGCCCUCCUGGAGCCGGAGCUGAGGCCUGAGGACCGGAUCCUCGUGCUAGGUUGUGGGAACAGUGCCCUGAGCUAUGAGCUGUUCCUUAGAGGCUUCCCCAACGUGACCAGUGUGGAUUAUUCUUCAGUAGUGGUGAAUGCCAUGCAAGUUUGCCAUGCCCAUGUACCCAGUCUACGUUGGGAGACCAUGGAUGCGCGAGCACUUAGUUUCCCUAGUGGUUCCUUUGAUGUGGUACUUGAGAAGGGUACACUGGAUGCCCUGCUGGCUGGGGAGCCGGAUCCUUGGACUGUAUCUUCUGAAGGUGUUCAUGCUGUGGACCAGGUGCUGAGUGAGAUGAUGGAGUACAAACGGGCCAAGCUUCAGGAUGAAGAUGCACCGGAGACCCCAGUAGAGGGCGGGGACACCCCGGACGCCCUGGAGGUGGGAUUCCAGAAGAGGAACAGACAACUCUUUGGCUCACACACGCAGCUGGAGCUGGUCUUGGCAGGUGUCUCUCUAGUGUUAACUGCACUUCUUUUGGGCUGCCUUGUGGCCCUGGGGGUCCAGUACCACAAAGACCCAGCCCAUGGCACCUGCCUCACAGAAACAUGCAUUAGAGUAGCUGGAAAAAUCCUGGAGUCCCUGGACCGUGGGGUGAACCCCUGUCAGGACUUUUAUCAGUUCUCCUGUGGAGGUUGGAUUCGAAGAAACCCUCUUCCCAAUGGGCAUUCUCGCUGGAACACUUUCAACAGCCUCUGGGACCAAAACCAGGCGAUACUGAAGCACUUACUUGAGAAUACCACUUUCAACUCUAGCAGUGAAGCUGAACGGAAGACACAGCGCUUCUAUUUGUCCUGCUUGCAGAUGGACCGCAUUGAGGAGCUAGGAGCCCAGCCACUUCGAGAUCUCAUUGACAAGAUUGGUGGUUGGAACAUUACGGGGCCAUGGGAUGAGGACAACUUCAUGGAAGUGCUAAAGGCAGUAGCAGGGACCUACAGAGCUACCCCCUUCUUCACCGUCUACAUCAGUGCUGAUUCCAAGAGUUCCAACAGCAAUGUCAUACAGGUGGACCAGUCUGGGCUCUUUCUGCCCUCUCGAGAUUACUACCUAAAUAGAACUGCCAAUGAGAAAGUGCUCACUGCCUACCUGGACUACAUGGAGGAGCUGGGAAUGCUGCUGGGUGGGCAGCCAACCUCCACCCGGGAGCAGAUGCAGCAGGUACUAGAGCUGGAGACACAACUGGCCAACAUCACAGUGCCCCAGGACCAGCGGCGUGAUGAGGAGAAAAUCUAUCACAAGAUGAGCAUCUCAGAGCUGCAGACUCUGGCGCCAUCCAUGGAUUGGCUUGAGUUCCUUUCUUUCUUGUUAUCACCGUUGGAGCUAGGUGACUCUGAACCCGUGGUGGUAUAUGGGACUGAGUAUUUGCAGCAGGUAUCAGAGCUCAUCAACCGCACAGAACCAAGCAUCCUGAACAAUUAUCUAAUCUGGAACCUGGUACAGAAGACAACCUCAAGCCUAGAUCAGCGAUUUGAGUCUGCCCAGGAGAAGCUGCUGGAGACCCUCUAUGGCACCAAGAAGUCCUGCACACCGAGGUGGCAGACCUGCAUCUCCAAUACAGAUGAUGCCCUUGGCUUUGCUCUGGGUUCCCUCUUUGUGAAGGCCACAUUUGACCGACAAAGCAAAGAAAUUGCAGAGGGGAUGAUCAGUGAGAUCCGGUCUGCUUUUGAGGAGGCAUUGGGAGAGCUGGUUUGGAUGGAUGAGAAGACCCGGCUAGCAGCCAAGGAGAAAGCAGAUGCCAUCUAUGACAUGAUUGGAUUUCCGGACUUCAUCCUGGAGCCCAAAGAGCUGGAUGAUGUUUAUGAUGGGUAUGAAGUCUCUGAAGAGUCUUUUUUCCAAAACAUGUUGAAUCUAUACAACUUCUCUGCUAAGGUGAUGGCUGAUCAACUCCGCAAACCUCCCAGCCGAGACCAGUGGAGCAUGACCCCCCAGACGGUGAAUGCUUACUACCUUCCAACGAAGAAUGAAAUAGUCUUCCCUGCUGGCAUCCUGCAGGCCCCCUUCUAUGCCCACAACCACCCCAAGGCCCUGAACUUUGGUGGCAUUGGCGUGGUAAUGGGCCAUGAGUUGACACAUGCCUUUGAUGACCAAGGGCGUGAGUAUGACAAAGAAGGGAACCUGCGUCCCUGGUGGCAGAAUGAGUCACUGGCAGCCUUCCAGAACCACACAGCCUGCAUGGAAGAACAGUACAACCAGUACCAAGUCAAUGGGGAGAGGCUCAACGGCCGCCAGACACUGGGGGAGAACAUCGCUGAUAAUGGGGGCCUUAAGGCUGCUUACAAUGCUUACAAAGCAUGGCUGAGGAAGCAUGGGGAGGAGCAGCAGCUGCCUGCUCUGGGGCUUACCAACCACCAGCUCUUCUUUGUGGGAUUUGCCCAGGUGUGGUGCUCGGUCCGCACACCAGAGAGCUCUCACGAGGGGCUGGUGACCGACCCCCACAGCCCUGCCCGUUUCCGCGUGCUGGGCACUCUCUCCAACUCCCGUGACUUCCUGCGGCACUUCGGCUGCCCUGUCGGCUCCCCCAUGAACCCAGGGCAGCUAUGUGAGGUGUGGUAGACCCAGGUGGGAGAGAAAUGGCCAGCUGUGGCCAGGGCCUGGGGCUUCCAAGUUAGGAACAAGCAGAGGUGAGCUGGGCUGGGUCCAGUCUCUUAACACUGUAAGUGACAUGAAAUUUAGCCCUUCCCCUCUACCACCACAUCGUGCCUCUGCUUUGGGGGUACUCCUGCCUCCAGCAGAGCCCCCACCAUUCACUGUGACAUCCUUUCAUGUGUCCCCCUGCCUGGAGGAAGUCUAGGCAGGGGUGCCAGUUCCCACAGAAAGGAGUCUGUCUCUUUUGACUCCAAGCUCUUUCAGUUUGGGAGCCAUAGGCAUAAGCCUGGGGCUGUACCUCCCAUCUGCACCCAGGCUCACUCAGUGCUCCUAUGGGAAUGAGCACAGCUCCCUUUAAUCCCACCCUCAGGAGCUGCUCCCCACCCAUAUCCUUGUGCUGGUACUCCUAGUAUUGCUUUUACCCCCUCAUGGACAGAGCAACUGAACUCGAAGUGGAAGGCCAAGCAAGGGCUUGAAUAGUCCUUCUGUUGCCCAUCUCUCUGGGGUUAGAGAAGUGUGUAUGUAUAGAGGGUGCUGGUUCUCUGUGUUUCAGGGUACAAGUCUUAGGGCGUGACUGGUUCUCCCUGGGCCAAACGGAAAGUAGAGAUAUAACAGGGAAAAGGAAGGAUAGAGCUUAUUUUUGCAGGGAAGAGGGUGGGGAGGGUGUGGUCUUGGCCUUAUAGGACUCUGCCAAUAAAUAGACCCGCAUCAGUCA